AAUAAACCAGAAGUAAAUAAAAGACAAGUUAAAGCAAGAUAAAAAAAAUACAACUUGGCUUGCAGAAUCAAAGCAUGUCCUCUCAAGGUCUCAACAUAUUUAGAAUCUCUUAAAAAUAUCCUCAUUACUGACAUAGUAAGGCUGUUGACUCACUUAACAUUAUGCAAUGGAGAAAGAAAACAAAUUCCUCCCAGUAACAACAGACCGCCACUAAAAGCCUUUGGGGAAUGAAUUGUAUGGCCGGAAUCUGUGUGCUAUGCUGUUUUUUCUUUUCUGCCUGGCGAGGAUAUUUGUGUAUUUACGGUUUCCUGGAGGAAACUGUGGGCUCAGUGUUGCUCUGAGCGCGUGUCUCAGACAGCGAGAUAGAGAGAUAGAGCGAGCAUGUGAGCUAGUCUGUCAGUAUGCAACGUGUUGAGCAGCUGAACUCUGUCUUGAACUCUCCGGCUCUCAGAAGAGGACAACUCUUGCAACCCUGGAUUUUUUCCACUCCUCAUUGUCAAUCCACUUGUUUGUUCAUUUAAUUUGGGUCUUUUCUUUCUUUCGUUGUGGAUGCUCGCCCCAGAGGAUGUAAAUGUUGCAGGAUCCCUCAGGAUUUUUGGACCUCUUUUUUUUAAAGAUUUGGACUCAACACUUCUAUUCAUCGAUUGUCUAGAAGUGUUUCCCUGCUCUUUUUGUUUCUCCCCUCCCGUGGUAUUUCCUGCUUUUAUGCGUUGUUCUGAUACCGUCCUCGCGUCCGGAUGAGUGCUCUCCGCUGGCACCGGCUCUCUGCGCUCUGGAAGAACUGGAUGUUCAACCAGGAGCCGCUAGAAGAGCAGGGCCAGAUCGCAGAAGAUCCAGGGCAUGAAGCAGAUCACAACUCCCAGAACUUAACGGAACUUAAGACCCAAAACUUGGAUUAUAAGAACCAGAAAUCAGAAAUUGAGAACCCAAACUUGGAAUUAAACUCGGUUCCCAAGACCCAAAAGCCUGACCUGCUAAAACGGAGCAGCUCUGAGCCGUCCUCUCAGUCCUCCGGCUGUCCCCACACACCUGAAGGUUGUCGGUGCGAAUCCCGUAGAAGCUUCUAUUCUGAGGAGGGUGUCGACUGUGUGUUGCAGGUGGAUAACGGCAGCGAGGGGGACGACGGUUUUCUGCAGAGAGACGGUUCCCAACGGAGGUCCAGACGGCGCUUCAGGAGAGUAAACCCCAGGGGAGAGCGGGAACUCAUCACAGACGGCCAAGAACCCGCCGGCUACAACACGGAUUAUGUCAACAACCAGCUUCCUGCUGACCUCAAUAAGAUGCACCUAACAGACCACGCCCACCAGCAGGUGAUGCACAUGCCUCCCAGCCAAUCAGGAUGCAGCAUCGCCAGCGACUCGGGGAGUAGCAGCCUAUCAGAUAUUUACCAGGCCACAGAGAGCGAGCUGGGGGACGUGGACCUGUCUGGACUCCCAGAGGCUGCGGUUGACAGCGAGGAAGAGGAGGAGGAAGAUGAGGACCUGGAGAGAGCUUCAGACACUCUUCUGGGCCGAGACCUGGUCCGAGAGUGUCUGGAAAAAGACCCGGCCGACCGCAACGACGACGACAUCGAGCAACUACUGGAGUUCAUGCACCAGCUGCCUGCCUUUGCCAACAUGACCAUGUCUGUGCGGAGAGACUUGUGUAGCGUCAUGGUGUUUGAGGUGGUGGAGCAGGCCGGCACGGUCAUACUGCACGACAAACAGGAGCUGGACCUCUGGUAUGUCAUCCUGAACGGAGCCGUGGAGAUCAGCCACCCAGAGGGACGAGUGGAGACUCUUUGCAUGGGCAACAGUUUUGGCAUCUCACCCUCUUUGGACAAACAGUACAUGAACGGAGAAGUUCGCACCAAGGGGGACGACUGCCAGUUCGUCUGCGUCGCCCAGGAGGACUACUGGCGCAUCCUCAACCAUGUGGAGAAGAACACGCACAAGGUGGAGGAGGAGGGGGAGAUCGUGAUGGUGAAGGAGCACCGGGAGCUGGACCGCAGCGGCACCAGGAAGGGACACAUCGUCAUCAAGGGAACCCCGGAGCGUCUGAUCAUGCACCUGGUGGAGGAGCCGUCGGUGGUGGACCCCACCUACAUCGAGGACUUCCUGUUGACCUACAGGACCUUCCUGUCAAACCCCAUGGAGGUCGGCAAGAAGCUGCUGGAGUGGUUCCACGUGGACAGCCUCCGGGACACGGUAACGAGAAUAGUGCUGCUGUGGGUCAACAACCACUUCAACGACUUUGAGGGCGACCCGGCCAUGACGCACUUCCUGGAGGACUUUGAGAAACAUCUAGAAACCUCAAAAAUGAAGGGCCAUUUGCGGCUGCUGAACAUCGCGUGUGCAGCCAAGGCGAAGUGGCGGCAGAUCACUCUGCAGAAGGCGUCCAGGGAGUCGCCGCUCUACUUCAGCGUGCAGGGCGGCAGCGAGAGAGGGUUCGGCAUCUUCGUCGAGUCGGUGGAAGUAGGGAGCAAGGCUGCAGAGGCCGGACUCAAACGGGGAGAUCAGAUCAUGGAGAUCAACGGUCAGAACUUUGAGAACAUCUCCUUCUCCAAAGCCGUCGACUUCCUGAGAAACAACACACACCUCUCUCUCACCGCCAAAACCAACAUAUUUGUCUUCAAAGAGCUCCUCAGCAGGAUCGUGCACGAGAAGAAGAACGGCGGCCCUCACAUUCCCAAGAUCCAAGAGAAAAAAGGCAACCGCUUCUCCAUCGCCGACCUUCCCGGAGACAUGGAGUUCCCCACGGACCACAAGAGCACCAGGAAAAUGAAGGCCAACACCGUGUCAGGGGGACGAAACAAGAUCAGGAAGAUGCUGGAGAAGACGCGCUUCAGUAUACUGCCACCCAAACCGUUCAGUGAUGGCGGCAUGGGUCAGUCUCAGGACGACAGCAUCGUGGGUACCAAGCAGUGUCGUCACAGCGUGGCCAUCAUGCCCAUCCCCGGCAACCUGUCGUCCAGCAGCCCCGACCUGCUGCACCCGGCCACCAGCGUCCUCGACUUCUCCAACCCCGCAGCUUCCCCGUUUUUUCUGUCUCCUCUACUCUCAGACAUCCCAGACCAGGUGAUCCGGGUGUUCAAGGCCGACCAGCAGAGCUGCUACAUCAUCAUCAGUAAGGACACGACCGCCAAGGAUGUGGUCACCCACACCGUCAACGAGUUCGGCCUCCUCGCAGCACCCGAGACCUACUCCCUGUGUGAGGUAUCGGUCAGCCCGGAGGGAGUCAUAAAGCAGCGCCGCCUGCCCGACCAGCUCUCCAAACUGGCUGAUCGGAUUCAGCUCAACGGCAGGUACUACCUGAAGAACAAUAUGGAGACGGAGACAUUGUGUUCAGACGAGGAUGCCCAGGAUCUCCUCAGAGAGAGUCAGAUCUCUCUGCUGCAGCUGAGCACCAUGGAGGUCGCUGCCCAGCUCUCCAUGAGAGACUUCGAGCUCUUCAGGAACAUCGAGUCCACAGAGUACGUGGACGACUUGUUUAAGCUCGACUCCUCGUUGGGGAGCGGUAACCUGAAACAGUUUGAGGAGGUGAUAAACCAGGAGACGUUCUGGGUCGCCACGGAGAUCCUGAAGGAGCCCAACGCCCUGAAGAGGAUGAAGACCAUCAAGCACUACAUCAAGAUCUCCCUGCACUGCAGAGAGUGCAAGAACUUCAACUCCAUGUUCGCUAUUAUCAGCGGUCUGAACUUGGCGCCGGUGGCUCGCCUGCGGAACUCCUGGGAGAAACUUCCCAGCAAGUACGAGAAGCUGUUCAGUGACCUGCAGGAUGUCUUCGACCCGUCCAGGAACAUGUCCAAGUACCGCAACGUGCUGAGCAGCCAGAGCAUGCAGCCGCCCAUCAUCCCACUGUUCCCAGUGGUCAAGAAGGACCUCACCUUCUUACAUGAAGGCAACGACUCCAAUGUCGACGGUCUGGUGAACUUUGAGAAGCUGAGGAUGAUCGCCAAGGAGAUCAGACACGUGGUGCGGUUGACCUCGGCCAACAUGGACCCUGCGCUCAUGUUCAGACAGAGGAAGAAGAGGUGGAAGAGUUUAGGGUCUUUGAGUCAGGGCAGCACCAACUCCAACAUGCUGGACGUGCAGGGCGGCGCCCAUAAGAAGCGAGUACGCCGCAGCUCGCUCCUCAACGCUAAGAAGCUGUACGAAGACGCCCAGAUGGCCAGAAAGGUGAAGCAGUACCUCUCCAACAUGACGGUGGAGAACGACGAGGAGAAACACCAGAUCAUGUCCCUGCAGUGUGAGCCCACCUACAGCACCUUGUCUAAGAACUUGAGUGAGAGACGAUCCACCAAGUCGGACAUGUCUCCGGUGUCUCUGCGGUCGGCUCUGCCCUCGGGGAAAGCUCAAAACAGGGUGUCACAAGUCCUUCAGGUCCAGGUCCCCCUGAACCCUCUACGGAAGAAGAGCACCGCCAAGGACAUAGGCCAACCAAACUCCAACUCUCCCCAGGUGGUGAAGAAACCUCCAGUGAACUCGUCAGAGUCGGAGUGGAGCGCCAAGAGACCGUCUGAUGACACCGUCUCCAUCAUCUCCUCGCUUCACUCCAGCCCCACGGUGUCGCCACAGGGCUCCCCACGCAAAGUGGGAGGCGUGGCCAAGUCCCACAACUCCAGCCAGAUGAACUUGUCGGGAUCCUCGUCGUCACUGACCAGCGACGUCAGCACAAAGGCCGGCAUCGUCAGCCUGCGGGGCUACGGCAUAGGUUACGCUCUCCUACCAGCCGGUAAAGCAGAUAACCUGUCGGACUCGAGUCACAGCGAGAUCUCGUCCCGCUCCAGUAUCUGUUCGGUGGACUCCGUGCCGGCUCCCGGGUUAGACGACCGCUGUAACAGCAGCAACAGGACUUGUUCCGCUACCGCUGCCAUUACUACUACAACUACUACUACGACUCCUGUUGCAGUUGCUGAGAGCACAGCGGCGACGCAUGCACACUUAAAUGCUGAUAACAACCAGCCCGGCACAAGUAGCUCCUCGUCGUUUGCUCGAGGAUACGUAUCGCGAGCCUCCACCUUCACCUCCUCCAUCUCGACGGAGGAGCUGACCCCGGACCACACCUCCCUGGACUCGGUGGGCGACAGCGGCCGCGGCAGCUGGACGUCCUGCUCCUCCAACUCCCACGACUCCUUCCAGAGCCUCCCCGCCUCCUCCUGCCGGCCCUGGGACCACGGCAUCCACGGGCACCCGCUCUCCCUCCCGCACACGCACCUGGGCGGCUUCAAGCACACGCAGCUGGCCGGGCCCAUAGCGGAGGUCGACGGCGCCGGUCACGCGUGGACAAACGAGGACGCCACGAAGCAUCACUCGAGAAACUCCAGCUCGGAUCUGUCCACUCAGUCGCGGCAGAGCUGGGCGUCGUCCAGCUCGCUGUCGGACACCUACGAGGGGAAUUACGGCACGAUAAAGCGGCGAAACACCUCGGAGAACCCCUCCUCGCCAACCAACGAGGAAGGAAGGCAAAGCACAGACCCCGUCUACAAAACGGUGACGUCGAGCACAGAGAAAGGCCUGAUGGUGUACUGUGUCACAUCCCCCGCCAAGGAUGAGCGUUACCGAGCUCCUCCUCCCACCCCUCCAGGCUACCAGGGUCUGGCUCUGGGGGAUCUCGGCCUCACAGACGGAGUAGUAGGUGGGCCAGGAGGUCUCCUCCCCAGGCCUCCUCACCUCCGACCUCCAGACUACAGCGUGGCGCUGCAGAGGAGCAAACUCCUGCAGAGCCCCGGAGCGGCCGGCGGUUUGGCUGAGGCGCGGAGGCUGGCCGGGAACCAUCUCCUUCACCACCAAGACGCCCGGACGGCCGGCUCCACGCAGGGCCGCUCCAGACCGCCCAGCGUCUGCCUCCCAGCACAGGAGCUGGCUGACAGUGAGGACGAUGAACAAGUGUCAGCGGUGUAAAGACGGUGACGUCACACACACACCUUCUCACACACGGACCAAGUCGUGUUGAUCAGGCUUUUGGACUAAAACUAGCAGCCUGCCGUCGCCACGCAUCAGAGCACAGCCCUGUGUGACAUCACCACGGACCAUAAUGCACCUCUCGACCAGACCAGUGGGGUCACGUGACCUCUCGUCUCCACCUCCCAAGACAAUGUACAAUCAUCUCUUUUUCACACAAAACAAAAGAAGAAAAGAAAGAUUUUAGAUACUUUUUAAAGACUCUUGAACAAAAGCAGAAAAAGGCGGCAGACGGACGUAAAAAAAAAAAAAAAAAGGACGAAUAAACGAAGGAAAGAUGAUAAUGAUGAGAAGAAGUCGGCCUCCUUGGAAACAGACCACCAUGUACCUCCAUUUUGUGCUCCAAGCUCUCUUGUUUUAGCGGUGUUUCACGUUGUUUUUUACAGUUUUAAAAUGUUGUACAGCGAUUUUUUUUUCUUAUUUUUAUUUGCAUUUCUGAGCUUUGCAAAGUUUUAUGUGAGACUAGUGAGGAGGAGGAGGAGGAGCAGACAAAGGGACAGAAAGCUGUCGUCAGUAUUACGAUGAACGUCAGCUCGUAGGGGAUUUAUUUUUUUGUAGUUUUCUCAAAAGAAGAUGAAUGUAGAUGAAUAAGAGACAAGAAAAAACAGAUUUUUUGAUUUUUUUUUUAGGUCUUCAUGGGCCUCUAUCAAACCCUGGCACUGAUGAUGUAUAUUUACGUAAAUAACAUCAGUUCCCACACAAACAAACCAAACGGAAACCACGUUUUCCACUCCUCCUAGGGAGGUGAAAAAGAUAAAUGAACCUCCUGACCUAGCAGAGAGCCCAUCAGUUUGUGUUUACCACUUUGUUUUAUAGA